GCUGCUGCAACAGACCGAUUGCAUCAUCUCCUUCCAUGCCGCCAUGUUUCGAACGGCGUGGCGUGUUGUGUUACUCGAAGUUGCACCAGACUCGGCAUAAGUUGAAUGAUGUUUUCGUUUUCAUUAACCGAACCGUAUGCAAUGUAGUGCAAUCUUACAUAAUGUCAGGACCCAAUCUUGACAGAAACCAUUCUCUGCGUCCACCUCGAACCGGUGAGUCGACAUUUCCCUCUUCCCCUUACUUUUGUUUUGUUAGAUGAGUAAGAGCUCUGGCGGCACUCCCUUACUGUUGUCACGCUCUGAAUCACCUUCUGUGUUUCAAGAAUCAGUGAAUGAAUUUUGUUCUAUCUUUACAUGCAUAUGCUCAUUGAUGUCGUAGUCAGUCCUCAAAAGCGGACAGCGAUGGUCUGAACCAAUUACGAGAAGAGUUUUGCCAAUUUGGAGGAAAAUGUAUCAACUCUCAUGGAAAUAAUCGGAGAGCUCAUGAAGGACAACACACAACUGAAGCUCGAUAUUACGCAACUGAAGGAUGACAACUCACAACUGAAACUCGAUAACGAAAAUCUGAAGUCCCAACUGGAGAACAGAGUGGAGGACAGACUCCAAUAUCUGGAGGCCGUCACUCGGCAAAUAGUGCCCACAUCUUGCGAGACACUCGCAAGGCUGGGCGUAACGCGGUCAGGAACCUACCUUGUGGAUCCAGAUGGGGUGCUACGAGGCGAUCAACCCAUACAAGUAUUCUGCGACAUGGUCACCGAUACGGCAUCCACUUACGUUCUCCACAAUUCGAUGGAAGCUACGGAGAUAUAUCACUGUCCCGAUCCCGGCUGCUAUGCUCGCAGAGUUACUUACGAUGCGUCAAUCAAGCAGAUGCAGGCGUUGAUCGAUCAAUCGGAAUCAUGCGAACAGCAAAUAAGAUACGACUGUUUUUCCGCGGCCCUGACUUCUGGUGACACACACUAUGCAUGGUGGGUGGGCCGUCACGGCGACCCUCAGCAUUACUGGGAUGGAUCCCAUGCCGGGGAACAUGUGUGCAGCUGCGGACUGACAAGCGACUGCGUCAACUCCGCCAAAGCUUGCAACUGCGAUGCGGAAGCCCACCAGUGGGAAUCAGACUUCGGCGUCAUUACCAACGGCUCAAUACUACCCAUCACCGAGCUCCGAUUCGGCGGAUUGCAAGUCGAGGGCCAAAGAGCGAAGCAUACUCUGGGGGCAUUGGUCUGCAGGGGCCAUACUCCAUCAAGCAACCCAAUACCGACGUGGGAUUCCAAGAGGGCCCUAGUCCCCGAAUCAUUGAAGAAGGCGUUUAUUUCGAUGCCUAUCGCGAAUCAAAUUGCCAGUGUGCAGCAAGGCCAAUUCCUUUCGAUGGGACAGAGGUGA